UUUAGUGAUCUGAUAGAAGCUAUGGAGAGGGGUAUUUAGUUUUGUGAUCUAAUUAUUAUUGAUAAAAUACGAAUUAAUAUUAUGUCUGGUGAUUAAGAAAUAAUAAAAUUAGUUCAAAGAUUUAUAAAACCACCGAAACGUCAAAGGAUUUCCACUGGUCACAAUGAUAGUCACACUACUAUUCCUGUCUAGUUUAGUUCCGAUCCUAAAUUCAGAAUACAUUCCCCCGGGACCAGCGUACACAUGUCCGAAAGAGACAGAAAGCCACUUGCUGUAUCCCUGCGUGUGCGAGAAAGGGACGGAUGAUGGAUUGUUUAUCAAAUGUUCGAACACAGGGCUGUCUGUGAUGAGCGUUGGUUUGGGGAAUCUAGCUGGAUUAGGGUUGCCGAUUGAACGAUUGUUGUUGCAGGAAUGUAAAAUAUCCCAUCUCUUCGGACCCCUGCUCCAUAGGUCUUCUGUUAGAGUACUGCAAAUUAUCGAUACGCCCAUAAAGUCGAUAGACGAAUAUGCAUUUGCCGGAGUUAAUAGAACGCUGCAAGAAUUGUAUAUGGUCAAUACUAGGAUUGACGAGUUUCCUAAAGAGGCUUUUAGGAUUCUAGGCAACCUAUCAAUUCUGUCGAUAGACGGGCACAAAAUGAAGACUUUGAAUAAAGAUAUAUUUGCGGGUAGUUUGGCGGUUGGUAAAUUGGAAAGGGUGCAUUUGAUAAAUGGCCUCAUUUCUGAUAUAUCCCCUGAUGCUUUUAUGAAUUUGAAAAAACUACGCACAUUAGAUUUACAUGGUAACAGACUGGUCACAUUGAAAAGGAGUCAAUUCAAAGGUCUCAGAGAAACUGAGGUUUUAGAUCUUAGUUACAAUAACCUAACAAAAUUAGACGGCAGUCAUAUAGGAGAUCUGACUAAAUUGGGUUGGUGUAACGCGAGCCAUAAUCAAUUGCCUGAUAUUCCAAGAGGUAUGUUCGCAAGAAAUACAGUUAUAAAAGUGGUUCAUUUGGACAAUAAUAAAAUAAAGAAAUUGGACACGAACAGUUUUAGAGGGAUGCGGUUUUUGAGGCGUCUCUACCUCCAAGAUAAUCAAAUAUCCGAUAUUGGUCGUGGAACAUUCUCAGCGGUGACCAGAAUUGGCACGGUCGAUUUGGCCCGGAAUAAAAUCACUAAAGUCGACUUUCAAAUGUUCCAAGCUGUUAAAUAUGCUGAGAUAAUAAAUCUAGCAGAAAACAAGAUAACAUUAAUAGAAAAACAGGCGUUCACAGAUCUCUAUCUAGCCACAGUGAAUAUAUCACACAAUCAACUCACUAAAAUAGAAUCUGGAGCUUUCCAAAAUUGUAAUAACAUGACGUUAUUGGAUCUUAGUUAUAAUAACUUAACCGACAUUGAAAAAAGUGCGUUCGAUGAGAACACGUACGCGUCAGAGUUUCAAGUUUCAUACAAUGCGUUCACGGAUUUUGGUCAGAUACCAAUCCAAAACAUGACAGGCAUACGUGUUUUAAACGCGUCGCACAAUCAAAUAACUGUUAUACCAAAGAAUGCGUUCCCGAAGUUAUACGAAUUGCAUACAGUCGAUGUAUCUUAUAAUAAAUUGGUGGAAAUAUCAAGUGCUGUGUUCCAGAAUCUGUUUUCUUUGAGAUACCUAAAUCUAAGCCACAAUUCGCUAGAACAAAUAAAAACAUCAACUUUCGGCACGAUACCGACAGUGUUGGAACUCGACUUGUCGCACAACAAGUUGACCGAUGUGUCGCGCGGGAGUCUGGCGAAGUUGGCCAGUUGUCGCUUAUUGGAUAUAAGCUUUAAUAGCUUGGAGAAGAUCUUUCAAAUACCUAUUAGUUUGGGCGAAUUAAACAUAGCCUACAACAAUCUAACCGAAUUACGCGCGAACACGUGGCCGUCCAUGAACGCGCUACUCCGUCUCAACUUGUCGCACAACAUGUUGGCCGAUCAGUUGACCGAUUCGUCCUUUAGUGGGUUACUAACGCUACAAGUGUUGGAUUUGUCGGCCAACAUGUUGACGAGAUCACCCUGGGAGGCGUUGAAUACGUUGACAAGCUUGCAGUAUCUGUAUUUACAGAACAACGAACUAACAUCCCUCACUAAAUCCGCGUUCGGAAACCUGCCAACAACAUUCACGCUCGAUCUAUCGCACAACAAGUUGGCCAACAUCGAGCGACGCUCGUUCGAGGGCAUGCAACAGUUGCUCGACUUGUCGCUAAGGGGUAAUGAGUUAAAGAGGAUACCGAAUGAAGCGUUUAAAGGAUUGGUCGCUUUGAGACGUCUGGAUCUUUCUCAUAACUUUUUGGAAAAGAUCGACAAUAAAACUAAUGGGCUGUUGGAUGAUUGUCUUUCACUUGAAAUGGUGAACCUAAGUCACAAUCGCAUAGGGUUCCUAACGAAAAAAAUGUUCCCCGCCAGUCCGUGGAUACCGUACAGACUGAUGGAGAUCGACCUGAGUCACAACGAGAUACCCGUUGUGACGUUCGAUUUGACGUAUGGCGCGAAAGAAGUGAAAAAGUUAAAUUUGGCGGCAAAUUACAUAAAUGACAUUAGGAGCAAUGUCCUAGGUAACCUGACAUCUUUAGAAGUUUUGGAUCUAUCGAACAAUCAAAUAAAAGACUUGGUGUCUAGAAAUGCGGACACAAAAUUCAAUCUACCAGAGAAUAUAACACAUCUAUACUUACAAAAUAACUCUUUGGAAGUGUUGCCAAUUGAGAAUAUAGAGAAAUCAAAAUAUUUAAAAGUAUUAGACGUAAGGCAUAAUGUGUUGAAUAGUUUCUACCCGCAAUUGGUGAAGAAAAUCAUGGAUCAGGGAUUGGAAGUUUAUUUUGAAGAUAACAAACUAACAUGCGAUUGUUUCACACGUCCUUUAAAACACUACAUCAAUAAAUUGCCCAAGCAACAGCAAAUGGAUAUAAAAUAUAAUAAAUUGAUUUGUUCUGAACCCCCCACUUUAUUCAAUACGUCGUUUAUUGAUAUUGAUGAAGAGAGAUUAUUGUGUGCUGGCAACAUUGGGUUGGAAGAUAAAAUUAAGGAAUAUGGCAAUACUGAGUAUAUGUUCACAGCGGAACCGGAUUUGGCGUUUAGGGAUAUACAGUUCUCCCAACCAGCAAUCUACGUUCACUGGUACAUACUUACCAUAGAAGAUUUAGCCGAUUUCUACAUUUACAUACGCGACAAAAACAACACACUUUAUUAUAGCAAAGACGUCUCAUACAAUUUACGAUCCCUAACAAUACAAGUCGAUACGAGUAUCCGAACGGCAUUGCAAAAUGGCGUCCAACUUGACAUUUGUGUUCAAGCGAAAACGUCAAACGGAUUCGCGCGGAAAUAUUUUGACAGUCAGUGUAAAAACGUAAUUUCUAAUUACGAGUCGUGGCCGAAAAAAUUGAAUGUUGAUAAACGCAGAUUGUCGCGGAAAAAAGUUAAUUAUGGCUGGUUUUCUAAUAGUGUGCUGGGUUUAGUUAGUGACUCCAUAUUGAUUACGUUGUGUAUAUUCCUCGGUGUAUGUUUUAGGAGAUUCGCGGAUUUAGAUAUAUGAAGUGUUUUGUUUUUGUUUAGUGGUUCUUGUUUGCCAAAGGCGAGACGUGAGAUGAAAUUAGUUACGGUGAAAAAGAUACAUAGAAGAAGUGAUUUUUUGAAGUGAAACUUCUUUAUCGGGGUUGGAAAAAAAUUUAGUGUAACAUUUUUUUUUACGUUACGUGUGACAUUUUCCCGUUACGCGCGAUCUUUUUCUUAUCCCUACCACGCGUAAUUCGACGUAUUUCUGUACAGUUGCAUAUAGUAAAUUAUUUUUUUGAAAAAUAAGGUCAUAAUGAAGUUUCACUUCUUACGUGUACUAGUACACGCACACAAUUUUUUUUCUUAUUUUUGUAAUUUUUUUGAUAAAUCAAUCCGCCUAUAAAAUUUUCCUGCAUAUAGCAAUGAAUAUUGAAAAGGGAAUAAAUAAUAUUAUGUGAUGUUAAAUUUGUUCCUUUUACUAUUAACUUGUCUUUUACAAGCUUAGAUAGCAACACAAGAAAAAGCUGUGUCAUUUUUGAGUAGUUGAUGGUGUUGACGAAAUAACAAAAU